GCCCGAACGAGUCCUAUGCCUCCCAAAUAACUAAGCAGCACACCACUACUAGCUUGACAUUGGCUUUUGUGGCUUUUUUCUUCUUUUUUUUUUUGCUUUUCCUUUUCCAAUUUUUGAUAAUGCCACCAUGGGUGUGAAGGUGCCUGGUUGUCGAUACAUCGACGCAGACACGACUGCAUAUCACGACCAACUCCUCCACUCUGUGUCACAGCCUCGACCGCCCGUUUGCGUUGUAUAUGAGCGAUCUCGAUCGCUCGAGAAAGAAUUGGUCAUCCGGUGUCAGAUGAUACCAAUAUGGAGCAACUCCCGCAGCAGCCACUGGCGAGGGAGGGAUGCUGUGAGACUACGGGAAGACCAGCCGAUGAAGGGUACCCGAAGACUUUGGGAUGAGGGCAACAGGGACUUUGGGGUUGCUAUCACCCCUCUCUUUGCGUUACUUGGCUUCCAUACGUUCUCCAAAAUGGGACGCUGCGGAAAGUCCCUACGAAGUAGAUCUGCGACUCGGAGCUUUUCUAUUUUAUUUAUUUAUUUUGUACGAAUGACGGCGGCAAAUGAAAGAGAUUCCCAUGGACCCAGUUUUCACCAAAUGGGAUAAGUUUGGAUGAGAAAAGAAUAGACAUUUUCCAUCGACACAGAAAGUUG